CACGAAAUUUAGGCUGUACCGUCAUGAUUGCCCCACCUAGACUUUAUACGGAGUAGGUACCACUAAGGUGUAAGUCAACUACCCCGAACAACCAACCUUGGAAGUCAAGCCACCUUCUACUACUGUAUUAUUGCCAGUUUCUCUAGCAGCCUCGGACCAAGUGCCAACACAAUAACCGUCGUCCCCACUAAGUGUGAGGCUUUCUAUGAUGGAUCUAUGUGUUCAUAUCGACUCUGAAGAGCUGAAAAAACCGUCUGACUCACAAGCUGUCUAUCGCGAAGAUUGCACCCAAUGCUUUGACUCUAUUAACGAUGAAACCGGCCUCAAUGUCUGCCUGACCUGUUUCAACGGCGGCUGCGCUGGUGAAAGAAACCAUGGCCAUCUUCAUUUCAGGCGUUCCGGUCACCCUCUGGCGCUUAAUAUAAGAAGGUUUCCAAAGAAACUCCAGCGAGACGAGCCUCCGCAGAAAAUUUCGAAGCUUGCGAUUAUCGAAGAGAAAGAGGAAGACCGCUAUGACACUUCUACGCGCGUUAUAUGUUACGCCUGCCUCAAUGACAACGUGGACAAAUCCAGUAGCAACCUACCGGCUGUGAUAGAGGGCGUCAUGAAAGCAAUGACCUUUUCGAAAAGGGAGGAGGUCAAAGCCUGGGAACAAGAAUUCGUGCCUUGUGAACAUACUCUGUGCUUGAAUCAACAUCAGCCUUCAAAAAUUGGAACCCAAGACCUCAGUCAGUGUUCCAUGUGUGACCUAAAGGAGAACCUAUGGCUCUGUCUAGAGUGCGGUAACCUUGGUUGUGGUCGGAGCCAAUUUGGUGGCAUAGGAGGGAACUCACAUGCUCUUGCGCAUUCGGAUUCGACAUCUCAUGCGGUAGCAGUUAAACUCGGAUCAAUAACUGCAGAAGGCUCUGCCGAUAUCUACUGCUAUUCGUGCAAUGAGGAGAGAAUAGAUCCUAAUCUUGGUCCCCACCUUGCUCACUGGGGGAUCAAUCUUAUGGGCCGCGAGAAAACGGAGAAGAGCUUGAUGGAGAUGCAAGUUGAGCAUAACCUGAAAUGGGACUUUUCAAUGACAACUGAAGAUGGCCAUGAACUCACCCCAGUCUUUGGUCCGGGAUUUACAGGUCUCAGAAAUUUGGGCAAUAGCUGCUACCUCUCAAGUGUCUUGCAGUGUAUUUUCGACCUCCCAGAAUUCCAGCACAGAUACUACCGUGAACGCGAUGAACCGCCACUUACACAACUUCCGGCCGAAGACCUGGAAACGCAAAUGAGGAAAAUUGCGGAUGGUAUUCUCUCUGGACGUUACUCCCAGGCAGACCACAAUAUGAACGCCACUUCUGAUUUACCAGAAAUACCACAUCAAAAAGGCUUGGCACCGGCAAUGUUCAAACAUCUUAUCGGCCGUGGCCAUGAAGAGUUCUCCACAAUGAGGCAACAGGAUGCUUUCGAAUUCCUACUCCAUGUUUUCAAGACUAUCAACAUGGCCAAACCCUCGGAUUCCGGGGAUAACCCUGUUAAAGCUUUCGAUUUCUCUGUGGAGCAGCGCCUCCAGUGUUUGUCUUGCAAAAAAGUCCGUUAUAAGGUUGAUGGUCAAGACAAUAUCUCUAUCCCGGUACCUGCCCAUCGUCUUACGCCAGAUGACGCACAAUCUACUGGCCCUUUCGCGCCUGUGACUUUAUAUGACUGCCUAGACGCCUUCACUUUGGAAGAGAGAGUGCAGCUCGAUUGUCCUUCUUGUACAAGUAAGGAUGGCUUCACAAAACGCUCGUCUUUUCGAACAUUGCCGCAGCAGCUGGUUGUCAAUGCUCGACGCUUUGAACUCGUGAAUUGGGUCCCUACAAAGCUAGAUAUUCCGGUAGAAGUCAGUGAUCAGGCACUGGAUUUUAGCCGUUAUCUCUCCACGGGCCAGCGGGCGGACGAAGAGCUCCUCCCUGACCUUGAUACAGAGGAUUCUUUUACACCGAACCAAAACGCCCUGGAUCAGCUUUGUAGUAUGGGCUUUCCAAGGGCUAGGUGUGAAAAAUCACUCUACAUGACUGGUAACACAGACGCCGAGGCUGCAAUGAAUUGGAUGUUUGCUCAUAUGGAGGACGACGAUAUUGAUGAACCACUUGGAGGUAUAAAUCCUGGGGCAUCAUCUGAUCUCCCACGUGAUGUCGCUAAAAUAGCGCAGCUCGGUGAAAUGGGGAUAGAAGAACCUCGAGCCAUAAAGGCACUGGCAGCUACAGGAGGUGAUGUUGUCAGAGCAAUCGACUGGGUCUUCAGUCAUCCAGACGUGCUGAUUGAGGACGAAACCCAACAAUUCGAGGCUGCAUCUAGUGGUCAGCCCAAGGUCUCUGGGUUCGACUCUAUUCCAGCUAGAUAUCAGCUUCGUUCAAUUAUCUGUCACAAGGGCUCCUCUGUGCAUGCUGGGCACUAUGUUGCGUUCAUUCGGAAAGCCUUACCAGGGCAAGAUGAUCUUUCCUGGGUAAUGUUUAAUGAUGAAAAGGUGGUGAAGGUCGACGACAUCCAGGAAAUGAAGAAGUAUGCCUAUCUGUAUUUCUUUUCGCGGAUUUAGGUAGACCAAUGCAUUAUCCAGUGCCCGUUCAUAUGCAUUUAUGUUAUUACGUGGCUGUGUUAUAAUCGCACUCUCAACAAAUACAGAGAUUAGACCCAGAAUCCCUGUCAGUUUUUCCACUGCGCGGUCUUUGCCGCUCAUAUCACAGGCAGAAUAAUCGAUCCUUGGAUCUAGUGAAAUUCC